CCCCAGCCAGGAGCCUGCCAAGGGCCAGCGGCGCACGAACCCCCUCAACAUCCAGAUGCUCUCCAGGACCCUCCACGAGCAGAUCUUCCGGGGGGCCCAGGUGCACUAUUCGGCGGCGGAGAUCCAGAGGAGCGUGGAGCACCUGCAACGCCACGACCUGUGGGGCAAGGAGACCUCCACGCUGCCCGACGUGGACCUGCAGCUGCCCCGCAUGUACGGGGACAACAUCGACGAGCAUUUUCGCCUCCUGGCGCAGAAGCAGAGCUUACCCUACCUGGAGGCGGCCAACGAGCUGCUGCGGUGCGAGCUGCCCCCCUUGCCCGUGCAGUGGGCAUGGCAGCUCGGCUGGACCCGCUACGGCCCCGAUGGGCGAGCAGAAGCUGUCGACUUCCCCAAGGAGCGGGCGGUGGUGUUGGACGUGGAGGUGUGCGUGGCUGAUGGCCACUGCCCGACGCUGGCCGUGGCGGUCUCGCCACACGCCUGGUACUCAUGGUGCAGCAAGCGGCUGCUGGAGCAGCGGUACUCCUGGUCCAGCCACCUCACCCUGGCUGACCUCAUUCCCCUGGAGAGCCCGGCUGGCGCCACCUGUGCCAGCAAGCAGGACUGGCCGGAGAGAGUGGUGGUGGGGCACAACGUGGCCUUCGACCGGGCCUUCAUCAAGGAGCAGUACCUCAUCCAGGGCUCCCAGAUGCGUUUCCUGGACACCAUGAGCAUGCACAUGGCCAUCUCGGGGCUGACGGGCUUCCAGCGCAGCCUCUGGAUGGCUGCCAAGCACGGCAAGAGGAAGGGGCUGCAGCAGGUCAAGGAGCACAUAAAGAAAACAAGCAGCAAAAUGGAGGGACCGGCUAUCACUUCGUGGGACUGGGUGCACGUCAGCAGCAUCAACAACCUGGCAGACGUGCACGCGCUCUACGUCGGGGGUGAGCCGCUGGAGAAGGAGGCCCGGGAGCUCUUUGUGAAGGGGACCAUGGCCGACAUCAGGAGUCACUUCCAGGACCUGAUGUCGUACUGUGCCCACGAUGUCCAGGCCACCCACGAGGUGUUUCAGGAGCAGCUGCCGCUCUUCAUGGAGAGGUGCCCCCACCCCGUGACGUUUGCAGGGAUGCUGGAGAUGGGGGUGUCCUACCUGCCGGUCAACAGGAACUGGAAGAGGUACCUGGAUGAUGCUCAGGGCAUCUAUGAGGAGCUGCAGAAGGAGAUGAAGAAGUCCCUGAUGAACCUGGCCAACGAUGCCUGCCAGCUGCUGCACGAGGGCAGGUACAAGGAUGACCCCUGGCUCUGGGAUCUCGAGUGGGACACACAGGAGUUUAAGCAGAAGAAGAAUCCGCGGAAGAAGAAGAAGAAGGAUCAGGACACGAAUAGCGGCGCCUCUGCAGCGGCGGUGGGCACAGACGGGUCCACGCAGGAGUGGCAGGAGGACCCUGGUCCCCCCAGCGAGGACGAGGAGCUGAAAGCCCCUGCGAGCCAGGUCCACCUGGAGCGUCUGAAGAAGACGGUCGCACUGCAACCCAAGAGACUCCAGCACCUGCCAGGCCACCCAGGUUGGUACCGCAAGCUGUGCCCGCGCCUGGAGGAGGCAGGGUGGGUGCCGGGACCCAGCCUCAUCAGCCUGCAGAUGAGGGUGACCCCGAAGCUGAUGCGCCUGGCCUGGGACGGCUUCCCCCUCCAUUACUCGGAGAAGCACGGCUGGGGCUACCUGGUGCCCGGGCGGCAGGACAAUUUGCCAGCAGCCCCCUCGGAGGUGGAGGGCCCUCCCUGCCCAUACAGGGGAGGGGGUUCGGUGAUCGAGUACCUGUACAGGCAGCACUGCCUGGAGAAAGGCAAGGAGCAGGGGCUGGAGGCUGCCAUGGAGGAUGAGCUGCUGCUGAUGGAUGGCAGCACGAUGUGGCAGAAGGUGGAGGAGCUGAGUCAGCUGGAGGUGGAUGUGGAGGAGAAAACGGGCAGAGCGGACCAGAGCCAGGCGCAGGAGGAGACGGAUGAGCUGUACGAGCCGGUGGAGGUGAAGAGCCACCCCUUGUACCACCACGGCAAUGGUCCCUACAAUGAUGUCAACAUCCCUGGGUGCUGGUUCUUCAAGCUGCCUCACAAGGACGGGAACGAUAACAACGUGGGAAGCCCUUUUGCCAAGGAUUUCCUGCCCCAGAUGGAGGACGGCACCCUGCGGGCCGCCGUGGGCCGCACCCACGGGACCAGAGCCCUCGAGAUUAACAAAAUGAUCUCGUUUUGGAGGAACGCUCACAAGCGGAUCAGUUCCCAGAUGGUGGUGUGGCUGAAGAAAGGGGAGCUGCCUCGUGUGGUGACCAGGCACCCCGACUAUAACGAGGAAGAUGAUUAUGGAGCCAUCCUGCCGCAGGUGGUGACUGCAGGCACCAUCACCCGCCGGGCGGUGGAGCCCACGUGGCUGACAGCCAGCAACGCCCGGGCUGACCGGGUGGGCAGUGAGCUGAAAGCCAUGGUCCAGGUGCCGCCUGGCUACUCCUUGGUGGGCGCGGACGUGGAUUCCCAGGAGCUCUGGAUAGCCGCUGUCCUUGGCGAGGCGCACUUCGCCGGCAUGCACGGCUGCACGGCCUUCGGCUGGAUGACUCUGCAGGGGAAGAAGAGCAACGGCACAGACCUGCACAGCAAAACGGCCGCCACGGUGGGCAUCAGCCGGGAGCCCGCGAAGGUCUUCAACUACGGGCGCAUCUACCUGACGCAGCAGCAGGCGCGCGAGAAGGCUCAGCAGAUGUAUGCGGUCACCAAGGGCAUCCGGAGGUUUUAUCUCUCUGAGGAAGGGGAGUGGCUGGUGAAGGAGCUGAACCUGGCUGUGGAAAGGGCAGAGGACGGAUCGGUGUCAGCCCAGGAUGUCCACCGGCUCCAGAGAGAAGCCGUUAAAAGGUCCCGAAGGAAGAAGAAGUGGAACGUGGUGGAGCAGCGAGUGUGGGCUGGAGGCACCGAGUCCGAGAUGUUCAACAAGCUGGAGAGCAUCGCCUUGUCCCCCUCCCCACAGACCCCCGUGCUGGGCUGUCACAUCAGCAGGGCCCUGGAGCCCGCCGUGGCCAAGGGGGAGUUUCUGACCAGCAGAGUGAACUGGGUGGUGCAGAGCUCGGCCGUCGACUACCUGCACCUCAUGCUGGUUGCCAUGAAGUGGCUCUUUGAGGAGUUCGACAUCAACGGGCGCUUCUGCAUCAGCAUCCACGAUGAGGUGCGCUACCUGGUCCAGCAGCAAGAUCGCUACCGGGCAGCCCUGGCCCUGCAGAUCACCAACCUCCUCACAAGGAGCAUGUUUGCUUACAAACUGGGCCUCCAGGAUCUGCCACAGUCAGUGGCUUUCUUCAGCGCGGUGGAUAUCGACCAGUGCUUAAGGAAAGAGGUGACCAUGAACUGCGUGACGCCAUCAAAUCCAACCGGGAUGGAGAAGAAGUAUGGCAUCCCUCAAGGAGAAGCACUGGAUAUCUAUCAGCUAAUUGAAAUAACCAAAGGUUCGCUGGAGAAGAAAUGA